UCGCAAAGAGACAAAAUUGUUUGCGAAAUACAUUGCGGAUGUAAAAACGAGUGUCGUAAAUUUAUGUAUAUUAUCUUGUAACCCCUUUGUUGGAUCAAAUCUAUAACUACAAUUGAAAAGCAAUCGAAAAUGGAGGAGGACCACUACAUGAUUCUGGGAUUGAGUCCGGAUGCCACCGAGGAGGAGAUUACGAGGGCUUACAGGCGAAUGGCCCUAAUUUAUCAUCCCGAUAAAAACCGUCAUCCUCAGACGGUGGCGUAUUUCAGAAAGGUCCGGGCUGCCUACGAUGUCCUAUCCGAUACGGAUUCUAGGGAUGCCUACGAUCGAAGCUUGCGACGGAGGGCAUCGGCAUCCAAUCGGCAAGUUGUCACCCACCAACAACAACAACAACAACAACGACAACAAUCAGCUCAGGUGGAAUCCCCCGAUUUAUUUCCCACAAUAUGCGCCGUUGGCGGUGUGUUGGUGGGUCUAUUUCUGGGAUUCGGUGCUUUCAAGACGUUCUACAACUCAACUUCGGGGAACAAAUAAGGUGCAAUCCCUACACAAAAUAAAAAACUAUCGGCAUUGUGCAAUCAAUUUGAAUGUAAAAAAAAUUAUGAACCAAAAUAUCUUGUAGAAUUGAUAGAAUUUAUUAAAUUGUUGAACUUUAUAGAAUUAAUAGAAUUUAUUUGAAUGUUAACUUUAAUUAGAAGAAAGAAAAUUAUUUCAAUAAAGAAAAAACAAAGUCAAAAUUUAUAAAAAGAAAUAAACAAAAUUUAAAACAGCUUUAAUACA